CUGCGCUUGCGUCCUGCGCGACACUGUUUGGAGCAUGCGCAUAACCUCAGUGACAUUCUGCCCUCCAUUGAAAUGACGGGCACGGGCGCUGCUGCAGCGCUCUCCAAAAAGCAACCACCAACUGAGGAGUAAGGACGAACUGUGCUCCUGUGGUCUUAAAUGAGUUUGAACCAUACACGAGGGGGAGCUGUUGAACCACAGGAGGAAAAUGACUAUGAGACUGGAGCAGUAAGAGGCCAGUUGCAGUUUGAACGUAUCUUCAAUAGCCUACAAGAACAUGGUGAAUCAUGGUAUGCUGUUUCUGCAAGGUGUUUAGCCUACAGCUACUAAUGUUCAGGCAUUCAGAAUCAUGGUCCCCUCUCUGCACUGGCUCCUACUCCUCUGGGGACUUCAGGGUCUUAUGGCGCAAGUUUUUGACGAAGACUAUGAAGAAGAAGAGGUGUCAACAAGAAAGAAGAGCAACAAAGUCUAUACAUCUAAUUCAGCGGGCAAGAAUGGUAAAACAGUUGCUGAUGAAGAUUGCAGUUUGGAGAUAGCCUUCCUGAUCGACAGCUCUGAGAGUGCCAAAGACAACCAUGCCCAGGAAAAGCGCUUUGCCUCGGAUGUGAUGGACCGUCUGCAGGCUGCGCGUCUACAGACAGGUCGAGGCCUCAUUUCCCGCGCUGCUCUGCUCCAGUACAGUAGUCACGUGAUCAUAGAGCAGACCUUCAAACAAUGGAAAGGCCCAGAUGAUUUCAAAGCGCGAAUCUCUCCCAUCGUCUACAUCGGACAUGGCACUUACACCACAUACGCUAUCACCAACCUCACCCGAAUUUACCUAGAGGAGUCUGAGCCCAAUAGCAUUAAAGUGGCCAUCCUGCUCUUUGAUGGCAUCUCCCAUCCCAGAAAUCCGGACAUAUUCUCGGCUGUAGCAGAUGCUAAGAAUCAAGGCGUGCGUUUCUUUGCCAUCGGCAUCACUCCAGAGGCCAAUGAACCCACAAACAUUGCACAGUUGAGGCUUAUAGCAAGUUCUCCCGCCUCCCGCUACCUCCACAACCUACAGGACAGAGCCAUUGUGGAUAAAGUCAUAAAGGAGAUCACAACACUGGCAGAUGAAGGGUGUCCACUAGCCCAGAGUAAGUGUGCAUGUGACAAGGGCGAGAGGGGACCCAGCGGCCCCCCUGGUGAACGAGGCCUAGAGGGUCCACGGGGGCCCAGAGGACCACAGGGGCCAGGAAUCAAAGGUGAUAAGGGUGAUUUUGGUCCUGCAGGACUUCCAGGACCUGUUGGCCUCACAGGGGCAGGGAUACAGGGGGAAAAGGGUGUGGAGGGUCCAAGGGGGCCACCUGGGCCAAGGGGUCUACCAGGCGAGGGCUUACCAGGACCCAAGGGAGAUCAAGGACUGCCUGGGGAGACUGGUGCUCCGGGAGAGAGAGGGGCUGGAGAACCGGGAUCCAAGGGAGAUCCAGGGGCCCCAGGAAUCUCAGGAGUGCCCGGCCUGCCAGGGGAGGAUGGGGCACCAGGCCAGAAGGGUGAAGUAGGAGCACCAGGUCUCCGUGGGCUUGAAGGGGCACCUGGACUUGGGACUCAAGGAGAGAAGGGAGAUCAAGGUCAAAGAGGAAUCAGAGGCUUGACCGGUCCACCUGGUAUUGCUGGACCAUCAGGACCAAAGGGAGAACCUGGGUCACAGGGUCGCUUAGGUUUACCUGGUCCACCUGGGCGCUUUGUUGUUGGGCCUAAGGGUGAUCCAGGCCCAAGUGGUCCACCUGGCCCAGUUGGGGAGACUGGCUAUGGACUCCCUGGUCCAAAGGGGGACCGUGGAGAUACAGGAUCAGGGGGUCCACCUGGUCCUAAAGGAGACGGCUAUCCAGGCCCUGUGGGGCCUCCUGGUCUCCCUGGACUUCCAGGAGAACCUGGGCAAGAGGGGCUUGGCAUCCCUGGACCAAAGGGGGAUAUUGGCUUCCGUGGACUGCCUGGUUUACCCGGACCUCCGGGCGAAGGCCUCCAAGGACCUCCAGGUAACACAGGCAGGCCUGGCCCACCUGGACCAGCUGGACCUCCAGGACAAGGAGUUCAAGGGCCAAAGGGUGAGCUGGGGUCACAGGGAGUGACAGGACCAAGAGGACUCCCUGGAGAGGGCUUCCCAGGAGCUAAAGGCGACCGAGGCGCAGUGGGAGAGAGAGGGCAAAAGGGAUUCAAAGGAGAUUUGGGAGACCCAGGGACUCCAGGACUUCCUGGCCGUCAGGGAAUCAAAGGUGAAGCAGGACUCACCAGAGAGGACAUCAUUCGAAUGAUCAAGGAGAUCUGUGGCUGCGGAAUCAAAUGUAAGGAGAGGCCUAUGGAGCUGGUGUUUGUCAUUGACAGCUCUGAGAGUGUGGGACCGGAGAACUUUGAGAUCAUCAAGGACUUUGUUAAUGCACUGGUGGACCGGGUCACCGUGGGGAGAAACGCCACACGGAUCGGCCUGGUGUUGUACAGCCUGGAGGUCAAACUCGUUUUCAAUCUCGCACGCUAUGUGACUAAACAGGACAUUAAACAAGCUAUCCGUAACAUCCCAUACAUGGGAGAGGGGACUUACACCGGCACCGCUAUCCGAAAAGCCACCCAGGACGCCUUCUACAGCUCACGAAUCGGAGUCAGUAAAGUGGCCAUAGUUAUCACAGAUGGGCAAACGGACAAGAGGGAGCCGGUGAAGCUGGAUAUAGCUGUGAGGGAAGCACAUGCUGCCAAUAUUGAGAUGUUCGCUCUGGGGAUUGUGAACACGUCUGACCCGACCCAAGGCGAGUUUCUGCGAGAGCUCAAUCUUAUCGCGUCAGACCCAGACAGCGAGCACAUGUUCCUCAUAGAUGAUUUCAACACCCUGCCAGCUCUGGAAUCCAAGCUGGUUAGCCAGUUCUGUGAGGACGAGAAUGGAGCCCUGAUUUAUAACAAAAUAACAAAUGGCUUCAACGGGUACAAUGGACAUGGAAACAACGGCUACAAUGGCUACGGCACCAACGGCAACAGGAACGUCGUCAACGGCAACUAUGCCAUUGGCGGCUUCGGCUACAGGCCUCAUCCCAACAGUGGACCUCAAACUGGCACCAGCACCCAUACCCAGGGAGGGGCCUCUGUGGUCACCCAGACAGCUAGCAAAGGAUCCAGCACUGGUGGUGGGGGCCAGUUUGGUAUUUCGACGUGGGGGUCUGAGCGUGGUGACACAUUCAAUCGCCAGGACUCUAUAAACAGAGGCACCUCCUCAUCAUCUUCUUCAUCCUCAUCCACUUCCUUAUCAUCGUCAUCAUCAUCCACUACGAAUGUAACAAUAUCAACUUCAGGUGGUUCAGUCCCAAUCGUGCCUCCUCCAAGGCCAGCUCUUCCUAAAGAGACUGUACCAUUAGACCCUCGUUGCGGUCUGGUGCUGGACCAGGGCACAUGCCGGGACUACAACAUCCGCUGGUAUUACGACAAGCAAGCCAACGCGUGCGCCCAAUUCUGGUACGGAGGAUGUAACGGCAACAAGAAUCGUUUUGACACUGAGGAGGAGUGUAAGAGGACAUGUGUCAGAGUCAGCUCCACCGGGGGAUAAAGAAACGCAUCUGCCGCACAUCUGCACAUCAACAUACUUCCAACGAGGGGCAGCUAAAAUCACUUUCUACUUUAGUCAAUUUUUUAGCAGAAUCUCAGGCGCAUAUUGUAUACAUAUAUGCUUGAUGCGAGGAUUUCUCGAGGUAGGAAACUUUUCUACCCAUCUGCAGUAAACUCCUGCCCCAACAGUACUACCACACUUCUAAAUGAUUACUCACUCACUGAUCACUAUCAAGUCGAACCUCACUUUGAUAGAUACCUCCAGUGUUUUUUUCAUUGUUCAUUGAAGGUAAGAUAAUCCAUCACCUUCAUUCAGGUGUACAGACCAGCACUGUUUGUGUGUGUGUGUCUUUUUCCAACUUUCAAGGGAAUUACUCACACGUUUUACACUGUUUUAGCCACUGCAGAGAUUACGAAGCCAUAAUAGCCUUUUUUUUUUGCAAUAAUUUACUUAACAAUGCCCCACUCUGCUUAUUUCAAAGUGUCUUUCACUUUAAAUACUGAUACUGCUACAUAGAUUAUUUGUGUUUUGAAUAUGUUUGUAUUUCAUUAUAGAACUCAAAAUGUGAUUUCAUGUUUACAUCGUUUUAGUUCUUUAUUACUAAUCUGACUGUUCAAGCUGUACUUACAGAGCAUUGAUGGACUGACACAUACUGUAUACACACUGCCCUCUACUGGGUAACACUAGCUCAUGUCAUUGAACUGAGGUAAGCUGUACCUUCUGUUUAGACACAAAUCCGUUCUUGUGAUAACCUGGUUUGUCAUUUUUC